AUGUCACACCAAAAUAGUCCAGUGCUCAUUCCCACCGUUGAUAUAUCCAGUUUUCUUACCAAUCCUUUGUCCAAAGAGGCAGAAUUAGUAGUCUCGGAGAUUAAGGAUGCUUGUAUGGCAGUAGGAUUUUUCCAAAUCAUCGGUCAUGGGAUUUCGCCUGAUCUCCAGGAAGUUGUAUUUGAAGGAGCAAAGAGCUUCUUCUCCCUUCCUCAGGAAAUCAAGGAACACUAUGUUGGUUCACCGGGAAGAGGCUACGAAUUAAUUGGAACUCAGGCUUUGGAUCCAAGCACCAAACCAGAUCUCAAAGAGGUAAAUAUUAUUCUCCCGCUUCAACAAUUUGUCAUCUCAUGCUCACGGAGUCCUUUCUGCAAGGGAUACUUCGUUGGCCGUGACGUUCCAAAUCGCCAACCACCGUAUCGAAAUUUUGAAUAUCCUAAUGUCUGGCCUACUCAAAUCAUCCCGGAUGCACAAUUCAAAGAUCCCAUAUUAAAAUACCACGAUGCAAUCUGUAAUCUUGCAUACCAGGUCAUGAAAAUCCUUGCACGUGGCCUAGCGAACCUCAACACUCAGAUAUUAGAAGACUUCUGCCACGAGCCUAUCGCCAGCGUCCGGCUGCUACACUAUCCCCCUCAUCCCGCCAGCGACGACCCAAGACUAGUAGGUGCCGGAGCACACACCGAUUUUGGAGCAAUCACUUUGCUUUUGCAGGAAGAUGGCUCAGGUUUACAAGUAAAGGCUCCGGAAAAUGAUGCGUGGAUAGACAUACCACCUCAGAAGGGGGCCUACGUCGUCAAUGUUGGCGACAUGCUGGAACGAUGGACCAGUGGGAGAUAUAAAAGCACCAUCCAUCGAGUGAUAAAUACCAGCGGGAAGGAUCGGUAUUCUGUUCCGUUUUUCUUUGAUGGCAAUCUUGACUUUCUCUUAAAGCCGCUGGAUAGCCCUUCCGAAAAAGGUAUCACAGUAGAGCAACAUAUGAGAUCCAGGUAUAUGGAGACUUCUACUUCUUGA